AUGGCUACACAAACCGUUGAGAGUAGUUCUAGAUCUGGUCCAAGACGAACUGCUGUAGGGAGUUUAUUGAAACCAUUGAAUUCAGAAUACGGUAAAGUAGCUCCUGGGUGGGGAACUACUCCUUUGAUGGGUAUCGCAAUGGCCCUUUUUGCGGUAUUCCUAUCUAUUAUUUUGGAGAUUUAUAAUUCUUCCAUUUUACUGGACGGAAUUGGAAUGAAUUAG